AUGACCAUCUUAAUUCCUUGUCUGGUUAUUUCAGGCCUGAUUCUCGUCGGCACACAUAUUAUACCUAAAUUCAGGCCAAAUGACGUCCAACGUGCGCCAAUAUACGACAGGAACUUCAUCGAUUGUGCUCCCGGCCCUCCGCGCGUGCGACGCUCGUGGACAUCAUUUGGCUAUGGCCCAGGGAUCACAGUCUACGGCUACCCAUCUAAGGGUGGCACCUAUCGGCUGGACGAUUGCCUUGGUAUUGACCUUGACUUUCUCGGACUGGACCGUUUUAACAGGACACCACACCCACCGGAGUCGGAUCCGGAGUGGCAGGCGAAGGAGGAUGUCCAUUGUGCUCGGAUGCGUCGUCUUGGUGCAAGGUGGAUCCCACCAUAUGAUGACGACUUUCGGAGGUCGGUGAUGGGCCCUGAGGACACGGAUAGGUAUAUCCGGGUUGGCUGGCCGGCUGGGGGUGGAGUGUGGGUGUUGAACAUCACAUAUCUCCAGGCGGGUGGGAGGGGCACGGCAAUCCUCUAUCAUGCAAAGGAUAUGGAGGAGCGCUGCGAAUUGAUCAAGCGGUUGGGGGGUGAAUUCUUUGCGGAUCCAAAUGAGUGUCCACAUCUCGACCUUUCAUAG